AUGUCUUCUCGCAAGCGCCGCGCGGUCGCAUCUCCCCAGGCCCCGAUGCAGACUACGUAUCAGCAAGAGGCAACCAUCCCCACCACCGACCAGUACAUGGAUUGGAACAACCCCAGCUUGUCCACGGACAUGAACGCCUUCAACGACCCCACGCUGUACGAGUAUGCCAACACCGCGAUGCCAGGACAUAACAGGGUGGUGUCGCUAGAGACGCUCAACGACGGCACAGAGAUGAACUCGGGGCAAUUGGUGCGACGGAAUCAGAACCAGCAGCUGGCCUCUAGGAGGGGCCAAUGGGAUGGAUUCGGGAGUCCCACACAGCAGGCAUGGGAAGCAGUGGAUGACGACGAGGAGUUGGAGCAGAAGGCGGCGAUUGCGAAGAAGGAUGCCCAGGCGAAGAGGAAGCAGAUCCCGCCGUUUGUGCAGAAGCUGAGCAGUUUCCUUGAUAACAACAAGAACGAGAACCUCAUUCGGUGGUCAGACGAUGGCAACUCCUUCAUCGUUAUCGACGAGGAUGAAUUUGCGCGGACACUGAUCCCGGAGCUCUUCAAGCAUAACAACUACGCAUCCUUCGUGCGGCAACUGAACAUGUACGGCUUCCACAAAAAGGUCGGGCUCUCGGACAAUAGUAUGAAGGCGAGCGAGACGAAAGCGAAAGCUCCCAGCGAGUACUUCAACAAAUACUUCAAGCGCGGCCGACCGGAACUGUUGUGGCUGAUACAAAAGCCAAAGAAUCCCACAGCUGGGCCGAAGCGGAAGCGAGAAGAUGACGGCAAAGGCGACAGCGACGAAGAGCGCAAGUACGUCCAAGAUACCGGAGGCGGCGGCGGCUAUGUCGAGGAACUUGCUGUGCGAGGCAACGACCAAAUGGCCAUGAUUCCGCGUUCAGAGUACAACAAUCUGCGCGUUGAAGUUCGACAGCUGCAAGAUCAGCAGAAACUGAUAUCAAGCGUUUUAAGCACCAUCAAGCGGCAGAACGAAGAGCUCUACUCACGAGCGACAUCAUUUCAGGCGCUGCAUGAGCGGCAUGAAAAUUCAAUCAACGCUAUUCUCACAUUUCUAGCGACAUUCUACAACCGCAGUUUGGAAGGCAACGCGAAUGGCCUGAAUUUGGCGGACAUGUUCCCCGCGGCGCGUCAACAACCCCAUGGUAAUGUUGUGGACGUGGACGACUUCCCCGCGCAAGACAUGAGCAUGAACAAGUCACCACACAUACAGCGGAAGAGACAGCCACUUGCGCUACUUCCUGCUCCUAUUGUAGGUCAACCAGAUCUGCUAUCAGCAGCUGGCGGGCGCGCGUCGACUAUGAGUCCCUCAAGACCAUCUGCGAGUCCACUCACGAGAUCGAACAGCAGGCAAGCAGUGUUUAAGAACCCUGCACCACAACGACAACCAUCCACCGACGACCACGCCCAGCAAAUAGACCCAUCCUCCGUCCCACUCAAAUCAGAAUCACCCGCGACCCAACCCUCCCUCCUUGAAAACGACGCGAUCAUGUCCGCCAUCCAAAAUGCCAACGCCAACGCCAGCACCACCAGCCAAGCCCCGCAAUUCGACUUCCCCGCCGCCCUCUCCAACUACCAAACCGCCGGCGGCAACGUGCCCCUUACGCCUCAGGAACGCAACAACGUGCUCUCCAUGAUGGCUGGCGACACCUCCGCCUCCACCACCAACAACGCCCUCACCAACCCCAACCCCCCCGAAAUGCAGCGCCUCAUCAACGACCUCAGCCAGUAUCAGGCAACCCAGAAACAGCUCGAGAUUCUGCAGCAGAUGAGCGAUGAGCAGAAUUCGAGGGUCCAGAGUCUACAGGAGAGGCUGCAGCCGCUUAGUCCCAGUGGGCAGAUUCCGGGGCUCGGCGAGGGUGCGACUGGGGAGUAUUUCGGUGAGCCCGGGCCCUAUGAUCUCGAUCUUGAUAGUUUUGUGCAGAACCAGGACUAUUUCCCGGGCAACGAAGCUGCUGGUGCGGGUCUGCCGGACUUCAACUUAGAUAACGCGACGCCGGAUCUUACGGGUGCGGCCCUGUGCAUACCCACAACACUACUGAAACGGACUUCUUUCAACGUUCAGAAACUGGCCGAGACCUUCAAGGAUGUGGAGUCGCGAGAAAAGUUUGAGCGGUGGAGGAGAAGCAAACACAUCAUAGUAUAUGACUCCAGCUCCUCGCAAAUGAAAGAUGCUGCCACCUGCAUCAAUACACUCAAGAAGUUCACGUCAGAAGGCUGGACAGGUGGCACUUACAUCAUCCGUGGCGGCUUCCAAGAGUUUGCAGAACGAUUUCCAGCUUGGAUUACCCAUCAGGCCUCGAGCAGUCCUAUGACAUCCGCAACUGCCUCUCUACAAAUCGAUUCCGGUCUCCCUGCACGCGGCGAAUAUCCGGCGACGGUCGAGGAGGUGGAGGAUGAGACGAGGAGGGAGAGGCGGAGGAAGAAGUAG